CAACAAGAGCAUGCGUGCUCUCACGCUUGCAGCAUUCCCCAUGAGAAAGACCCGCUCUUUGCUUCGCUCCACGCCUCCGUCUUCAUCCUUCUCCUCUCCUUCUCCUCCGCUCUUCUACCACCUUGCCCAGCUUCCCCUCCUCUCGCAUGGCCUUCGCUUCCGUGAACCCUGGGGAUGAUUUCUUCUGGAUUUACUCCCCUAAUCUUCGGGGAUUCCAAGAAUCAAUUAUUUGGAGAUUCACACUUGGAUUGUGCUGGUAUUUGCUCCAUCUAUUCGUUACUCUUGUGCAUGCUGGGUCAUCUCUGAUUCAUGCACUAGUUUGUUAUAGCAUCUCGAGUGGUUUGCUGCGAAAGUACUGGAAUCUGGACUUGAGUAAUCUUAAAUAUCUUGGCAUUGUUGUGGAUAGUGAACAAGCGAAGAAUACUGUAAAAAUUAAGCGGCUUUUGCACUGGUUAUCAAGUACUGGAGUGAAGAAUGUCAUCCUCUAUGACAUGGAAGGUGUGCUGAAGAAGUCAAUUGGAUCUGAUCAUAGUUCCAGUGAUUCAAAGAAUACACAUUUUGAAGGAAUGGUGAUAGAAUUGCUUUCUUUUUCUGAUAAUAAAGAAGGUGUUGCUAAAGCAGCCAGUUUCCUGUGCUCUAAAUACUUGAAAAGCAAUCCUGCAGUUUCAGAUAGGGUUGAGCCAGUUUUCACCGAAGCUGACAUGGAUGAUGCUUUAAUGGCAGUGGGUUGUGGAGGACCAGAACCUGAUCUCCUUCUUGUUUAUGGACCUGCUAGAUGCCACUUAGGAUUUCCUGCAUGGAGAAUGCGAUAUACUGAGAUUAUACAUAUGGGUUCAUUGAAAACCAUGAAAUAUGGUGCCAUUUUGAAGGCCAUUUAUGAUUUUUCAAAGAAACAUCAGAAUUAUGGUACAUGAUAGAGAUGAUACGAUACUUUGCCUGAUGAAGAAUACGGUGAUCACAUGGAUUGGAAAGGAGCAAUGGGGUUCAUUUGUCGGCGCACCCUUUCAUUAAACUCGAGAUUAAAGAUGAAGGCAACUUAUGUUUCUUUUUCAUUUUAUGACUGUUACUUACAAAUAGUGAAGUUAUCACACGAAAGUAUUAAUUUUUAUGAUAGUUCAACUGAUGUUGUUCAUCAUACUACCAGAUCAAAGAUGUACACAAGUUUUGUGUACAAGACUAUUUGAGACCAAGAAUGAUAUUGUUCUCUUUCACUUU